GUUUCUCUUCGACUUUGAUGUUCCUUUCUCAACAAUCACGCAUCCAUUUUGCUGAAAGCCAUCCAUGGAUAAAAUCUCUCAAUCGAUAAAGAAGUUGUUUAGCUUCGAAACUCCUCGUUCAAGUUUAUCCCACAAAUCUCUCGAAUCAAGUCGUCAGUCUGUGGUUUACACGCAAUGGGCAUGGACAUGGAAGGUAAAAAACUGACGCUAAGUGGAUACAUUUGAUCCGACGAUGGUAUUAAAGAAAUUGAGGGAAGUGUGUCCUGCGGAAAUACCAUCGGUUAAAAUUGCAAGGCCGCCUGAAAUUGCACGGAUGGGGAAGAAAGAAAUGUCUAUAAAGGAGGACGAGAAACCAAGGAAAACGGAAGAGGAGAAGAUAGUGUCCGAAUAUCUUGAUGAGUUUCCUUCUAUGUUAGAAUCUCUCAACCAUCCCGAAGUGUUGACCGAGAUGCCAGAAGGGAAUGGGAUGCCCAGGAGAUCCUUCUUGGGCAAAUAUCUGUUCUCUCAGAAUCUCCCUACUGUCCCGACUGUUGGCCGAGAUUCCAACAGAAGAGGAAUGGGAUGCCCAGGAGAUCCGAGCACUUUUUGAUGACACAUCUGUUCUCUCAGAAUCUCCCAACCGUCCCAAAGUGUUGGCCGAGAUUCCAAAAGAAGAGUAGUGGGAUGCGCAAGAAAUCCACGCAAUUGUUGAUGAGUUAUCUGUUCUCCCAGAAUCUCCCAAACGUUCCUUUCUUCUUCAACUGUCAUUGGAAGGAAGCUAUGCUCUGACGUCUAUCCCUUCCUCAUUCUUCGACCACAUGCCUGUCCUCUAACACUUAAAUUUGUCCCGUACCAGUAUCAAGUCUUU